AUACUGCAGAGUAAUCGUGUCAUAUGAUGAGACCAUGACUCUGUCUCUGCGUGACUUUUAUUCAUUCAUUCAAGGAACGAUUCUGUAUUCCGUGCUUUACAAUUGAUUGUAAAUCUUUAUUAUGUUUUCCUGUGCUGUCUGUAAAAUAUUUCGUGAUGGUCACCCAUCGCACAAAAGGGAAAGCUUCUGGGCUUGGAUUGUUUGCUUCGCCGCUGCAACGAAUCUGGCUUUCACCACUGGAUUGGUUUAUAGUUUUGGAGUGCUCUUGCCGAUAUUCAUGGAUCAUUUUAAAGAAAACCGAGAACGUACAGGUAAUCUAAUGAUUUAACUAGACAUGUAAAUUUUUAGAGUUUACAAUCUCUCGAGACGCUAAUUUAAUUUGCAUCGAUGGCAUAGGUAGCCCAUAUGGCAUAGGUUGCCACACGACUGCUUCGUACCUCUUACGCAACAACAGUAAUAUAAGGGUUUUGUAUAGGGAAAAUAACUACAUUUAGAUACCUUUUCGGAAUUUCUCUUCAAAUGAAUAGUCGAACCCACUCCCGUAUUUUGCUUCUUUGUCUCCGGUCUGAUAUACGUGGAAAAGAGUGGCCUUGGAUCGUCUGAAAACCUAGUUUUUCAUUUGACUACGUAAUUAUGGCGAUUUCUAGAAUGUCACGCAAGCCUCCGUUACGUUACUUAACGAAAAACAGUUGCGAUUGAGGCAAAGAAUACCGGAGCCAAAUACGAAAAAUACCAACUUGGACAAAAGUUAAGAACAGCAGAGAGCCAGGCAAAUUUGUGAAAUUAUGGUAUAGUAAGGGGUAUGCUAACACUGAUUGUAGACGACGAACGUAACAAAUUUAACUCGAUGAACAGCUAGGAGGUAGCGUUAGCACGAGGCUGCCAUGUGACUACUCAAUGCCUCUUUAGAUCAGAUAUGGGCGGCCGUCACCACCAAAAAUACAAGGAUGUCAAAUAGGUCAGCAAAUACAAAGCUGGUUUAAGAAUCAGCUGCAGGAUAGAAUAGCUAAUAAAUGAAUGGCAUGGCCAAAUUAUAGACGGUUUAGUUUUCCUUCAUGAAAUAAAGUUCAGGGUCGUAACAAGGUAUAUGAGAUCAGGGAUCACAGCCCCGGGAUCUAUGAUCACAACACUUGGGAUCGGGAUCAGCAGUGUUUUAGUGGAAUCAGGGAUCAAAAUUGUGAACGUUUUUGGGAUCAGGGAUCAAAAUUCCCAAUGUUUUUGUGAUCAGGGAUUAAAAUUCUCAACGUUUUUGUGAUCAGGGAUCAAAAUUUGGGGCAAAAAUACAGGAUCAGUUAUGAAAAAAUAUACCUUGUUACCACCCUGAAAGUUGGUUAAGUUGAAAAGCAGGGAUUGCUCGUAGUCUAGUCAGAUAUUUAAAAAGCCUUCGAGAGGUAACCCCGGCUUGCUUUGAUCAAAAUUAAGGUCGAUACAAAUUGGUUCUGUGUUGAAUAAGUCGUUGAGAAAGAGUACUUAUUUCCAUUCUCAUAUGGCCAAAUACUUAUGUGUUCGGUCCUUGCACGUAUUUUUUUUAUCAGGUUUAUUUUGGAUGUUAUGAAAUACCUAUAUGUGGAAACUGUCGUUGUUGUCUUCCUUUCUAGCCUGGGUUGGUUCGCUACCUAUCGCCCUGGUGCCGUUCUUUUCCAUAUUUGCAAGCUCCUUAGCCAACCGAUUUGGCUGCCGAACGGUGUCUGUGACGGGAUGUAUGGCAUUUGCGCUCAGUUUAGUGACAGCUUCAUUGGCUAAGAACUUGACCGUCUUGUACGUAGCCUUUAGCGUUAUUGGGAUUGGGGCUAGUUGUGCAUUGGUGUCAGGUUUAGUAAUGGUUCGAAAAUGUUUUGACAAACGCGAAGCAUUUGCUCUUGGAAUCGUUUCAACGGGGCAAGGCUUGGGAACAAUGGUUCUCAGCCAAGUUCUUCAAUAUCUUACUGACGCUGUCGGCUGGAGAAGUACAUUGCGGAUCAUGGCGGGUGCUUUAGUUUUAAACGCAUUGCUUGCUUUGCUUUUUGAUUCUAAAGUGGACACAGAAAACUCUGAGAGCGGGGAACAGCUUUCAAGUGAAGAGGAUGGACAGAGAAGAAAGUCCAAACGAUUCACAUUCCAUUGCUCCGUGUGGAAAGUUCCCAGUGUUAUUGCGCUUACAAUCACCGGAGUGUUCUUCAUGUUUGGUCGUUCUAUAAUCUAUGUGCUUGUGGUAGGUAGCUCUACACCUCUUACUAAUCGAAUGCGAGAUCCGAAUAUGUGCGUUAUUGACCAAGUGAGGUCAAGAUGGAUAUUGACCGAGUUUUUUACGCAAAAGAUACGAGGCUUAUAUACAGCUAUUUUGACCGAAAGCUUGGUUAAUAAUAGAUUUAUUACAUAACAAAAAUAUUUUGCUUUAUUACUAAUCAAGAAUAACUUGCUUAUUUCGAGAGCCGGGAAAGAAAAACUCGUGUUUGUAGCACAAUAAACCCUCUAGAUUCGCUUAUGUUUCAUUUUUUUUUAACUGCCUUCUGCCGCUAUUUGCAACUCCAUCGUCGACAUUGUCCAAAAAUAACCAACUCUAUAAGUCCCCUCCAUUCUUAAUGUAUUCUACACUUCUUUUGAGCAGCGGGCGGGCUAAGCCUGGAGAGUACAAAUAGAGAUUUCUCGUUUGUUGGCAAUACUGCCAACCGUAUGGAAACAAACAUGAGGCGAUAUUCAGCAAUGUUAUCGUUGCUUAGAGAGAAAAGAAAAACAUUUCUACUAAGAAGCAGCUCAGGUAGUUUGUUCAAAUUGCGAGAUACACGAGAUGUUAGCAGCAACUGACAGAUUUGAAAGUUUUUCGGUAAAAGUUUAAGCUUUAUGGUGAUUGAAAAAGAAUCAGAGACGGUUGAGUUUAUGGAUGGUUGAACCCCACGUGCGGAGUUGACACUGAGGGAGUAGAUGGUGAAGUGGAAAGGCAAAACAAGGGGAGGAUAAAGCGCUCAAGGACUCCCCUCCCCUCCCCCCUGUUAACUUGGGGGGACAAGUUAUCAUCUUUCACUUUUACUGUUGUCUCGCACUUUGUUUUACAUUCUCAGGUGAAAUACUCUGUAGAUCGUGGGAUGUCUUCUGCAGCUUCGUCAAGGCUCGUUCUUUUUAUGGGAAUCAAUAUUGUUCUUGGCCGAUUUGUGAGUGGCUUUCUGUGCUCCAUCAAACGACUCGAUAACUGGUUUAUUUUACAAGGCAUGGCAAUCACAAACGGCGUCUCGACAAUGCUCCUUGCCUUGGCUAACAGCUACGAAUGGUUAGUCGCAUAUUCCGUUAUAUUCGGGUUUUGUGACGGGGCAAUGGGUGUAUUGGUUAACAUCAUAGCUCUGACAUGCGUAGAUCCCUCUAAAGCAGGUUCAGCCUUUGGUAACGUUUUGCUGGCGACGUCCUUGGUGACAUUAGUUGGACCUCCUCUGUCAGGUAUGGACAAUACUAUGAAAAGAAAUUGAGAGACAACCACAGCUCUUGAAUUUAUAUUUUAAGUCCUUUAAAGUGCAAGUUCGUGUCAUAAAAACGCAAAUUGCAUAAAUUGACACUUUAAAUCCACUAUAAAAUUCCGGCUUCUUGCUUAGCUGGGCUAUUCCUCUCAAAUAUCUCAUAGAUCGCUUCUCUUUUCAGAAUUUCCAGAAAUACGCCCGCACUGUGUCACUAUUUUCGUCGAUGUAGACGUGUCUCUUUAUUCUGUGUCAAAACAUCUAGGCAGUAGAAGAGCUACACGUAAUUAUCAUCAGUUUGUGGCAGAAAAAACGCUCUGAGUCUUAAAAUAACUCGAACAUUAUACCCGUUAGGAAAAGGUCAAGCCUGCUUGAGUGAGGAAUUUGAGCUGGAACUAUCAAGUUUUUCCAACAGAAUAAACGUGUUUUGUCUUCUAAUAUGGAGAUGUUUAAACUUAAAAAGUUCACUUUCUCGAACAGAUGGCUCAGAAGGAAAGGUCUACAAGAAAGUCACGGUCGCUAAUCUUGCUUUGUGCGAAAAGAAUGGACGAUCAAAUCCGGCACUUGGUGGGGCAUUUUUACACAGUUUUGGCCUCGAAGGCGGGAAUUUAAACGAACCAAUCUUGAAAAGGUCAAAUGUACGGAGGGUUACCCGGAAGGGGAUGGAGAAGCUUCAAAUUGAUGACGCACUAUUCAUGAACUGUUCCAUUACAAUCUCUAAUUGCAAGCAUGACACGUUUAUUAUCCCAGUAAUUAUCACUGAGGUCGGGUCGCUGAUAAACAAUUAUAUUCGAGAAUCUUGUCAGAGCUUUGAUUAUAAUGGGUUGAUGAAUUUCACUCUUAGGUUUUACCGUCGACAAACUUGGCACAUAUGGGCCUGCAUUCUUCAUGGCUGGCGGUGCUCUUAUUGUAGCUUCGUUUACUCCAUGGAUACUGUGCUGUCUUAGAGACAGGAAAACUGAAAAGAUUGAAGUAUCUCUUGAAGACUAUGAUGAUGGAACCGAUACCCAGCACUUGAAGGAGGAUAGCUGUCAUCACGAGCCUGGCUUUGAGGAGAUAACACCAGUUUCCGCAGUCCGCAGUCAACAAUGA